AAACGCCCGAGUUGAACACCACGUGUUCGUUUGAAAUUCCUAUUAAUUUAAAGUAUAUUUAUUGUACUAGGUGCUGCUUUGUGUGAGUUUUGUUUGAAAAAUCAGUGGUUAAGAGAAAAACCCAUAAGAUUGUAUUUUCUUUGGCAAGUGUAACAAAAUGGAAGAUUGUAAGCAAUUUUGAAAUUUUAUUUUAAAAUUAUUAUUAUUAAUUUUAACAAAUUGAUUUUUAUGAGUUAUUUUAUUUAUUUUUUUUUUACAGCUGUCAGUGUGUUGAAGUUUGCUGAAUGUCGAGCAAGAGAAAUAUUUAGUGUUAUGAAAGAUGUUGUACGCAAGGAGCCAAAGCUCGCCUCUCAGAAUUUGCCGCAUAAUAUGCGAAGACGAGCUGCAAGUUAUAAUCCAAAGCGAUUGCCCAGAAAUUUAAGGAAUGCUGUUGCCAAGCAGGAAAAAUCAAAGCAUAAAAAACGGAAACAUUGCCAUAAAAAUCGCCAAACUGAAUACCUCAAGCGUCAGCUAAACUCAACAUGGUUGCCAACGCAUAUUUGGUUCGCCAAGCGAUUUCAUAUGAAGAAAAUGUAUGGAUAUAAGUUACCUUUGCAUUCUACAGGAAAACAUUUUCGAGUGUCAUUUAAGGCUGCUACAAGAAAGACAUUGUUACAGGACAUGUCGUAUUAUUGUUGCAUUGAAUUGAAGGGAACGCAAGAAAACCUUUUGUUGAAGUUAUCUUCUUUGACAAAUGACUCACUAGGUACUAACUUCUCAUCAGAAUUAUAUAUUGAUGGAAGUAAAGAGGGGCAUUGUUUCUUAUAUCACCCUUUCUCAUAUCCCUUCCAAGCCAUUGGCUUUGUUUCCUUUCUGUGGAAACCGUAUUCAAACAUUGAAGUGACAAACAAUUCAAAAUACCAGUGCCCCUCCCCAAGCAGCACAGUUCGUCAAUUAUGGAUCUGGUGUCAUCCAUCCACGCAUUCUGAAGUAGUUGAAGUCCUCACUGAAAUAUUUCAUCUGAAGGAAAGUUGCAGCAAGCUGGAAGACAGCUCGAUCGAGAAAGAACCUGAAAGUAAAUUGGAAAAUAAAAGGCCUGAACAUAAUUUUGCUUCCAGGGUUAAUCACACAAAAACAAAACUCUACUUCAAAAAGGAAAGAGUUUUUACUGGUGAGGAUGUCACCAUGACAUUGCUGAAAGAUACUUUAGUCCGUCAUCGUCUGAUUGGGCCCCUUGCAUUGUCUGCAAUCACUAAGGUGUUGAAAUCUGCUGAUGUCUCCAUGUUGGAUGGCCAAAGCUUUUCAGUUCCUGCAGGUGAAGCCACCAUCUCAGCAUCGAGUGAAGGCCAGUCAUCCAAAAGUGGCGAAACUAUUCGUCCACCAGUAGAUGGAAAGCUUUGGUGGCAGAAGUUCUAUGAAAGCGAAGAGACCAGAAAUGUCCACAUCAUGAAAACCAAGCUUCUAGAAAACUUGGCAAAUGUGAAUUUUUCUUAUUUGCUUCCUUUGAGUAUGGUUGUUGGACUUACAGUAAAAGAUCCACGCUUGGAUUGGACUUCUAAAAAGGCAGAAAAUGAAAAUUACUUUCAAGGAAACAAUGAAGAAUUAGCUGUUAUGAGAGAAUUUCCACCUUACUACGCUUCCUCGGCAUUAUGGGAGAAAGAAAUUCGGGAUGAAGUUACUGAAACACAGCUGUCUGAAAAUGAGAUAAAUAAGGAAAGAUCAAAAUACGUUUGUCCUAAUGAAGGAGUGAACCUAGGAUUACGUGAAAACAAAGUGCCUGUUAUACUUGUUCACCAGCCUGGAUUUGAUGGUGUAGGCAGUGGCUGGGAUCUAAUUGCUCCCCAGGGUUGGAGCAUGGCAUUCUGGAUCCCAUUCAGCUAUGGUGGAUCACAUGUCGCUGGACUCAGGGAUGUGAGCACUGUAAACAUAGAAGCUGGUGUUCCAAACUUCCCUUACAGCUACCCUGAUACCGCUGCUGGUAGAGUGUACGAAGAAGAAGAUCAGGAAGAAAAUACCAAGAAAUUUUUGAGGUAUCCACCUAAUAAGAGACCUAAUUUUGAAUCCUUGGGCACUGUGUCACCUUUUAGUAUGCCCUGGGUAACACUUUUAGAUAACUGGGAAGACGAACUUAAGCAUCAAAAUUCUGAGUGGAUCCAAACAGUUUUUUCGUCUUCCAAUGUAUCUUCCUCCCAAAGACCAUCCGAUAAAGAUAGCAGCAGUAUGUUUGUUCUGAGAUCUAAAAGACUGUUGAAAGAACUGAAGAGAUUGAAUAAAAAUAUUUCUAAAAUGGUCUGCACACUGGAUACGGAGGACGCACAGGAAACGCUGGAUUCAUUAACUUCUUUUGUGAAUUUGUGUGUUGCAGAAGUUGAACUCAUAAAAAGAUCAAUUGUUUUAGUAAAAAUUGAUUCUCUGUGUAGAGGCAUACCAAAGAAAUUUUCCGCACUUUAUUUACCAAAUGAAUCCGACCACCAGUUGCUGAGAGAGAAUUCCAAACUUCUGAAUCCUGUAGAACCGAAUCAUUCUGAACCAUCCAAUAAAAGGCAGAAGUUAUCUAAAAAGGAAAAAAAGGAAAAGCUUGAGCAUAUGUUAUCGUCUUGGAAGAAGCCUGAAAAUUUAUUUUUGAAUUCUGAACGUAAAAUUAUAGGUUUUGUGUCGGAAGGUGGUUUUUCCAGUUUGAGAGGCUUUGGGUGCGGCAUAGGACACUGUGCUUUGACAGGUUUUCUUACAUUGUUUGAACAUUGUAUAAAAUUUCAAAUACCACCAGUAAUGUUAUUUAGGGAGCAGAGCAGUUUUCAAUAUCGUGCUGCUAAUGUUGAAGUAAUUGAUUUCUACUAGUUUAUAUAAAUAUUAUUUUAAUUAUAUUCUUCACUAUGU